GUUGCUGCCGUUUGUGUGGUUGUCCUAGCCAGAAUGUAUUAAUAAAUUCACUUACAAAUUAUAUCCGUUUUCUCUAUUUAUCUAAUCAUUCUCUGGUUUGACGCCACAUGUAUCUCUGCGUUGUGUUGUGUGGUCGAAUGAAUAUGACUUCCUUCUUGCCAACCAGCUUUAUUAUCUGUGCAAACAGAAUAUAAGGAAAUGGCUUCACCAGCUUUCUACCUCAAUACUUCUCCUCAGUGAGGCGUAGCAUUAGCACUUUAAGAUUUAAAUAAUAUGAACAAUUAUGACCUCAGACCAGCAUUUCACAUAUUUAUACAAACAGAAUAAACUUGAAAUGUAAGCCAGACUAGUGCACGGGACUCAUACACAUAGUAACAUAGUAGAGCUACAUUAUUCAGGGAGCAACAGCCUGUGUUAAAGAAGCUAGCGGACGCCAUUAGCCACACGCGUAGCGUAGCUCACAUAAUGACAUUAAACUACACAUAAAACAGUUUCAAAGACACUUAUUAGAUCGAAAUAUGACAUAAUCUGUGUACACACUACUAACCGGUUGAACAGGAGAAAUGAAUUAAGCAGAGGGAAAGUUGCUGCCAUGUGUCUGUUGUCUGUGGUCUUCUUCUUCUUCUCUCAGACCAUGCCGUUUCUCUAACGCUAAACCGGAAGUGGCGAUACCGUAAACCGGAAGUGAGGCUAAGAACGGCGAACUUAAAAAUAACAAUACCAUUAGCACUCCUAGUGGUGACUUUUUGAACUGCAAACAAAUUAUAACAUUAUAAAAUGCCUUUAAGGCAGCACACUGUUUGAAGCGCUGCACAUUAUAUAAACUAACGUUACACAUGGCAACGACAUUAACUGCAAACAGUCGUGACUUGUGUGAAGUGUAACAUUAAACAAUAUAUUAACAUAUUAAAUACAACAUUUAUGACACCACUCGUUCCACUCAGUAACUCAGUAACUAAUAUGUUAAUAUAUUGUUGAGUGACAUUGCAUUUCUAGCAAGACCAGAGACUGAACAUUUUGAUAUGUUACACCAUGCCAUGUUAUAGACCCUUUUACAGCCGACGUCAUCAAAAAGUUGCGCGCGCAUGUGGGCAACGGAAGUGGUGUUGUUUUCCAGCAGUUCUGAAUGACAAAGACGAGGUAGCAACUGGUUAGCAAGCAUUUACAAACUGUACCCAGCAUCAACAUGUCUGGUUGUUGCGUAUACGGUUGUACGAAUCGCUAUUCCACCGGCGGACUAAAGUUGUAUAGGAUUCCGAGAGGACCACGACCAUUUCAGAGCAACCGGCGGCGUCUGUGGCUGCAGGCGAUUAAACGUGUGGACUGGAAUGAGGACAUAAUCAAAAAUGCUCGCGUCUGCAGCGCCCACUUUAUAUCAGGCGAGGCAUCAUUGGACUCUAGUAGUCCUGAUUUUGUGCCAUCUUUGUUCAUGUACACAAAACAAAGCCAGAACCCAAAUGCAAAGAUGGACAGGUACCAUAGGAAAAGGAGGAGAGCUGACACUGCAGCAAAUCAAAAUGUUACUUCUGAAACUCCAGAACAAGAAUGCAGCAUGGAUCAUUGUCCUGCUGAAGAGGAUAUCCCAGUUCCAAAGAGAGAGUAUGAUGAUCUGAACCUGAAAUACAGUCAACUUCAGGAGGAAUAUGUCAACCUGCGACAGGAGUUUGACACACUACGAGCAGAAAAUGUAAAGCUGAAAGAGGAGCUGCAAAAAUCUACAUUCUCCUACACCACUGUUAAGUGCAACAUUGGACAAUUGAGUUUUCUCACAGGACUGACCUCUGUGGUCUUUGAGUGGCUGAUUACAAAAAUGAUGGGCAGCGUAGAAAGAAUUCACAACAAACUUACAGUAGAGGACCACCUAUUGAUGAAAUUAAGGUUGGGCCUAUGUAAUACUGACUUGGCUUAUAGAUUUCAGGUAUCAAAAACCACCUUAUCAAAUGUUUUGCGGAGCUGGGUCCCUGCUAUGGCCUUGGUCCUCAAGCCACUCAUUAAAUGGCCAAGUAAGGGUGCAGUACUUAAAAAUAUGCCAAAAAUAUUCAAGCGCAACUUUAGAAGAUGCCGGUGCAUAAUAGAUUGCACAGACAUUUUCAUAGCUAGACCCAGUAAUCUGACUUCCAGGGCCCAGACAUGGUCAAACUAUAAACACAACAACACCAUUGAAUAUUUGAUCAGCAUCACUCCAGCUGGUGCAAUUUCAUUUCUGUCUCCUGGGUGGGGUGGACGGGUUUCAGACAAGCAGAUCACUAAGGAGUCAGGUUUCCUCAAACUUUUGGAGCCUAGGGAUGAGGUUUUAGCAGACAGAGGAUUUCUCAUCAGAGACGAGCUUGCGGCCUAUGGUGCAACCCUUCGUAUCCCUCAUUUCACAAAAGGAAAGAAGCAGCUUUCUGCACAGGAAGUGGACACAUCUAGACAACUUUCUCGUGUGAGGAUCCAUGUAGAGCGAGUUAUUGGUCGGUGGAAAAACUUUAAGAUUUUACAAACAGUUAUUCCUUUGUCGCAGGUUGACAUACUAGAUUAUGUUGUUAUUGUAUGUGGUGCCCUCACAAACCUCUGUAAGAGUGUUGUUCCCAAAUGAGUUACACAUAACCAUGUAUGACUUUUAUAAAGUGAUUUUACAUUUGUAAAACAUGUAUAUAGGCCUACUGUACUUAAAACGUAAUGCAUUUUAAUAAACCUCCCCACAUUGGCUGCCACUGGUGUGUCUAAUGGUCCUUUCCCCCCCAGAUUAUCUCAACAAUUCAGAGUGCAGUAUCACAUUUAUUUGUAAUGUUGUUACUAACAGAGUUUCAUUCCAUUCAGGUGCCAUUAAAGUGCCACUAAACAUUAACAACAUGGAAAGUAGGAGUAUGUACAAUAUAUUAGAAUCAAACUGGUUCUGUAUGUUGUAAACAGUAAAUAAUAAUUUUAGGUCGCAAAUUAUCUCUAUGGAUACAUA